AUGUCUAUCAACUCGAUUGACCCAUCCCCUCCUCCGCUGCCCCUCAAUUUGGACGAGUGGCCAUCCGCACCGCCACCACCACGACCACCGACCACCAAUCCUUGGACAAUUUCUUCUGAAGUAACAACCACUCCCGUUUCCCCAUCCCUUCCAUCGGCAGUCGCGCAUCGGGCUCUACUUGUUGCAAAAGCCAAGGAGCGCCGCUUCGCAGCCGAAGUCGCUCAUUUGAAAUACUCCGAAUUCGACUGGUCCAUCCCUGUUGAAGACUUUGGGAAGCGAUGUUUUCUCAAAGACAUGGGAUGCAAAGGGGCAUCAAUUGAGGACCUAGCAAGCCAUAUGAAGACAGUAGCCCAUCUGCAAUGGGAUGAGACAAUGCGGCUGCAAAAACAAGCAUCUAUCCUCAAGGUGACGGGCCCUGAGGGUCCUAAGACCUCUUUAUUGGCUUCAGGACAUCAUCACCAUCCGCCCUCCCCCGGCACCUCCAAGGGCGAACCGCUAGACAAGGCUUAUAAGACAAACCAAGGAUAG